GCAAGGAGAAAGAAAGGAUGUUUUUUGCCUGUUAAAAGAUGGGGUUUAUAAUUGUAAUUAAUUUGACAAUAGGGGCACAAUAUAUAGGCAUCUCUUAUGGGCUAAAUGGCAACAGUCUACCCUCAAAACAAGACGUUAUCAAUCUUUACAAUCGAAAUGGCAUCCACAGAAUGCGAAUUUAUGCCCCUGUCCCUGAAGUUCUCAAUGCUUUAAGAGGAACCAACAUAGAGCUUCUAGUUGAUGUUGCCAAUGAAGACAUUCAGUCCAUUGCAACCAAUCCUUCAGCAGCUGUAAAUUGGGUUCAAAACAACAUAAAAAAGUACUCACCAGCUGUGAAGUUCAGGUACAUAUCGGUUGGAAGUGAAGUACCAUUGAGUUCUAACAUUGCUCAAUAUGUUGGCCCGGCCAUCGAAAAGAUACAGAAUGCAUUAGCAUCGGCAGGUCUUCAGAACCAAAUCAAGGUUUCAACAUCAAUAUCUGCAGGUCUGCUAAGCGUUUCUUAUCCUCCCUCGCAAGGUUUGUUUUCGAACGAGGCUAAACCAUUCAUUAAACCUAUAAUUGAUCUGCUAGUCCGAAAUAAUGCACCGUUGCUAGUCAAUGUGUACCCCUACUUCAGCUAUAUUGGUGACCCGGUCGACAUUUCACUAGAUUAUGCAUUGUUUACCUCAAGAGGUAUUGUUGUUCAAGAUGGUUCGUUUGGAUAUCAAAACAUUUUUGAUGCAAUUCUGGAUGCUCAUUAUGCUGCUCUAGAAAAAGAAGGCGGUUCUAGUGUAAACAUUGUUGUAUCCGAAACUGGCUGGCCAUCUGAUGGAAACCCUCCUGCCGCUUCAUUUGCAAAUGCAGGCACUUACUAUUGGAACGUGAUUAGCCAUGUUAAGAGUGGAAAAGGGACCCCAAGAAGGCCCGGAAGAGGUAUAGAAACUUAUCUGUUUGCCAUGUUUGAUGAAAACCAGAAGCCUGGAGCGCAGACAGAAAGACAUUUUGGCCUCUUUUUUCCAGAUCAACAGCCUAAGUAUGGAAUUGCUUUCGACUAA